AAUGUAAAUCAAUACACGUGUUUUAUUUCAAACAGACAUCAUAUUAGAAAUUAUUGUAUGGCGCGCCUAAUUCACAGGCAGUUAACAAAUUUCGCAUAUCUUGAUUGCUUUAAUUUUAAAAGUACAGUAUAUAUACUUUUAAUUUGAAAUUAACGAUUAUGCUAAAUAUAACUUCACGUGAAUGGUAUGCAGUUCUCAGUCGACUUACGUUACUAGGUAAAAAGUAAAACAUAAAUGUGAACUACUUUUUUUAUUUUUAUAUACAUUUAAAUUUUAAAGGUUUACAGAGUAAUUUAUCAAAGUGUGGAGCACUUACAGAGACCAAGAAAUGUGUGAAUCAGUGAUGAAUAACACUGGAUCACUAUUACAUCGGCUUAAAACAGAACCAGAAUACAGAUUAAGAUUUCUGACAUUUCUGUGUCUGGUCUGGUCAUUCUUCAUCCUGGGAUGGAUCCUUGGACAAUUUGGGCCAUCAAUUUUCGAUUUGCAGUACAUCACUAACACAGAUUUAGAGGGAGCAUCAUUGUACUACAUAUCACAUAAUGUAGGGUAUCUGAUUGGUUCGUUGAUAAGCGGGGUUCUGAUUGGUAGAUGUGAUUGCAAUUUCCUGUUGUUGGUAACGAUGUGCAUCUAUGGCAUUUCUGUAUUCGCCAUACCGUGGUGUUUCCUGUCAUCAAUGAUGUUAGUAGCGCAGGCAAUAAGGGGCCUAUCAGGAGGCCUUCUAGAUACAGUUGCAAAUUCAGAGCUCUUGAGUCUAUUCGGAAAUCAAGUCAGUCCUUAUAUGCAGGCCAUGCAUUUUGCAUUUGCUGCAGGGGGAAUAGCUAGUCCUUUAGUCACGGCACCAUUUCUCACAGAACAAUAUGAUAAUGGAGUAAAUUCGUCUAUGAUAAACCAAUCUUCAUUAGUUAUGCAGACUGAAAAUGUACGCACAGAUAACAUUUCAUUUCAUAUGAAUAAUAUAACGACUUUGAAUAGAAGUUCCACGUUUCAUACGCAAAAGAAUUCACUUAUAUAUAUUCCAUACACAAUAUCAGGUGUUCUUGCCAUGUCUUCAUCUGUAUCGUUUUUGCUUGUUUAUAUUAAAUCCAGAAGACUAGCCAAACUGCAUACCGAUGAGGUAAACAUUGAUCGAAAUGAACGUCGCUUAUCUUUUCCUGUCAAAUUAGUAAUUUUGACUAUAAUGUCUAUAAUAUUUCUACUAUACACUGCGAUGGAAGACACCAUAGGUGCUUAUGUGGCAACAUUUUGUGUUGAACAGAUGAACAUGACUAAAGAAGAAGGAUCAUAUGUGACAGCCGUAUUCUGGACUUUCUUUGCAUUUGGAAGAUUGUCUGGAAUCCCCAUAAGCAAUAUAGUUAAGUCAAUACCUUUAAUUGGUAUAUAUUCAUUUAUACUCGUGAUAUCGUUUCUGCUGUUAUCAUUCUCACCUAUGAUAAAUUCUCCUGUUACCGUAUGGAUUUCUAAUGCUGUGACUGGAUUUGCUAUGUCUAUAUUAUUCCCGACUUUGUUCACGUGGGCAGAAGAAGACUUUUUAUUGGUUACAGGUAAAAUUGCGUCAUUGUUCAUUAUGACAUCAACUUUAGGGUCUAUAACAAGUCCAGCGGCAUUAGGAUAUUUGAUUGAAGAAGUCAGUCCGAUGUGGUAUUCAUAUAUACUUCUUGGAGAAAGUGUAGGAGUAAUAAUUUUCUUUGUGAUAGCAAUUCUUCUUAAAAAGAAACUUCCACAAUUGAACGAAAAUACAGAUAGGUCUAAUAAAGAAAUCAAAAUUGAUGCAGAUUCUAGUCCUGAACGGUCAGUACUUAUGCAGGAUGUACCAGAAAAUAAAGUCUCAUAAAACUAAUUUGUAUAAAAUAAUACGAUGUUCUUUAAAAGAUAGAUCAGUGAAAUAUUCUGUUUGCUUGAGAUCUCUUAAUCAUUCUACUUAGAUAACCAUGUCAUAAUUUAACCUGUAUGCUCAUUUUGUCGCCAUUUUAAUAUCAGCAUAAAUAUCUAUGCAAAAACCUAUAUUUAUCAAAUAUUAUUUUCAAUAUUAUUUUCGAAUGAUAACAUGGUUGCAGGCAGUGAAAAUACUGAUGAGUAUGCUUCUGAAAAAAAAAACAAGCAAAUGAAUAUUUUUAUCUAAUGCAAAAAUAGAGAAUUAAGUGCUGUUUUCAUCUAAAGACAACUGAAAUUUCAGACCACAAAACUGUUAAACCUUGAAAGAUUUUAAACUAUUUCUCAUAUAUUUUCAUUCGUGUUGAUUCAUUGUUGUUCAGACAUUUCCAUUGGUGUUAAGAUCUGUCGGUUCGUUCUUCAAGUAAUUGAAUUUAACUGGCUUUCAUUUUUCUAGGUAUGAAUGUUUCUUAUAAAGGUAAACCCAGAAAAGCAUUUCAAACGCACCAAGUUUUAGCACAGGUUAAUUGAUGACACUUGAUACUGUGAAAAUGUACAGAUCUGAAUUGACCGCUUACAAAGUGUUUGAAAUGUACUGAAUAUACCGCUGUGUAAAUUAUGACUGAAAGACUAAUCAGUGUCCAGUUUUUAAGAUUUAUUUAGAACAAAAUGGUCGUUAAAAUUCAAAAUGCAUUUCCUAGUAAAAUACGAACCCAAUCAUGCUUAAACAUUUUUUCCCAAGUCCAAAAGACAUAAUCAAACCAUUAAAAACUAAAUAUCAGAAAUGAUACAACUAAAAAUAUAACUGAUUAUUUACAUUCCUCGAGUAUACAUGCGGACAAAGCAAUACAAAAUAUCUUGUUUUCCUCUAUUUUUAUGUUAAGGGUGAACAUUACCUCUGCAUAGAAGUGACAUACAUUUGUUUCAAUAUUUUUUUUAACAGUUUAGUAAUGCAAGUGUCUUCCUUUUUUACAUUUGUGUAUCUCCUGCGUGUAUUUAUUUCCUUUAUUCUUAACAUCUAUACCGGUACCGCACAGGCACUUGUCUCCGAGAAAAAUUUCCUAUAUACCUUGAUGUUAUAUUAAAGGGGCACUAGCUGUCAAAUUCAUGUUCACCGAUUUGACUCAAAUUCUCAUAUUUGAUUUAUAACAAUGUGAAACAUUUAUCCAAAUUAUAGAAAAUGUCUAAAAUAAACAAUAUACCGGCCAUGGACUCGAUAAUAUGUAGCUUCGUUUCGUAUGUAUUUUAGUGUAGACGCCAUCUAAUUAACUGUCGAGUUGACCCCAAAAGACCUUCAAUUGCCAUAUAAGCGAUAUAAACAUAAAUAUAGAUAUAAAUAGAUAUCAGACUCCUGCAUUUAUAUUUUUCUAUGUCUGUUUAAUUUCAUAUUAUAGAUUAAAAAUAUAUGUUAAUCAUCGUUUUUACCUGUAUCAUAAUGAUUUUUUGUGGAUCGAAUCGGUCAAUCAAAUGAUUUACCUUUGUUUCACUUUCAAUGUUGACAUUCUUUUCCUUUAAAUGGUUGAACACGCACAAUGCAUGCGGUAUCCAUCUCUAGCUAAGGGGUUAAAUUGAAGUUCACAUGAAUACGGAUUCCAUGAGGUCGAAUUAUUCACUCGCAAGUGAAUAAUUCAUCAUCAAUGUUUCUUAGCUUAUUUUGACAAAAUUGAACUAUACUGGCUGCUAAAAGCGAUAUAUUAUUUCACUAUUUCACUUUCAUUAAUGAUUGAACAAAAAUAAAUCAUACUUUAUAUUUUUUAUAUAUCUCGUAGCUAGUGUCCCUUAAAGGUAUAUAGGAAAAUGUUUAGAGACAAGUGCCUGUGGGGUACCGUUCGGUAUUUGUCGAAUUUACAAGUUUGACUUUGGAGAUUUUUGCAUAAUCAUUGACUUAUAUAUGUUUUUUUAAAGUUGUCAAGGUCUUCAUCUUCAUUUUUUAGGGCACCUACGAAGUUGCUUUGUAAACAUAAUAUAAAGUAUUACGACUGUUUACUCGGUUUUUAUGUCAAUUUUGUUAAGUUUGUUUUUCUAUUAAUACAUUUAUGUAUGUCACCACAGAUAUUAUCUGAUGUUAUUUAUUAUUUUAUUCUGUCUUUGAUCGCCAAAUUGGCUUUUCUUCUACCUUUUUGUAUACUGGAUGUUAAGAGUAACGUAACUUCUUCAAAAAUUCAAACAGGCAUAGGAAAUUGCCGAGUCGUUGUAAGAUUUUGCAGACUUCGUAGGGAGAAAAAAAGUAUAACGAAAAUACCGAAAAUCAAACGCUAUCAACCAACGGAACAUGGGUUAAGAGAAAAAGAGACUGAAGACAUCACAGUGACAAUCUUUAAGCAUAUGUCGAUGAAAAACCGACUAUACUAUGCCAAAUACUUAUAACCAACGAAAAGACAACAGCCCUCAGGAUAUGUAUACAGACCAAUUUCAUUUUUUUAAGAAUUUUUUCGGUUGCAAAUAUCAACCAUAAUAAACGUUAUAAAACGUUAUAAAAAUGAUGCAGUUUUACAAUCCUUUGCAUUGGUCAAGUAUGAUAACAUUUAGAUAAAAACAAGACUUUCCUUUUGCGAUGGCAUGUUUGUUUUUCUGGUAUCACUGUAAGCAAUGUUAUCAAAAUAGUUAUUACAAAAAACAAACAUAUCGAAAUUAUUUAACCAAUACAUGCAUAUAUACUAAACUAAGUCCUGUAAUGGUCGUUUUUAACGAACAUAUAACGUAUUAUCGACACAUCAUAUUACAUUCAGUGAUGUUGAUCGCAAGCUUAGUAACUUUCGAGUGUGUUGCCGAAGUUUACCAGAUCGUGACAUUGAUAAACAAUCAACACAGAGCACGUGAAGCACGUGAAAAUAAAAAAAUUGAUAAGAGUCGUGAUGUUUUUUAUAUUUUAUAUGCGUUACCAUUUAUUCAUUAAACUAUUCCUUAACUGUU